GGUCGAAAUUUGGCGGAACUGCGUCGCAGCAUGCCCCGUGGCGUCUUUUCCCUCAGCACCGUAGUACGUCUUUCCGCCCAAAUGCUUGAUGCCAUAGAGGCGGUGCAUGACAGCGGUUUCCUCCACCGCGACAUUAAGCCCUCCAACUUUGCCAUGGGCCGGGGAACAGGCUCGGCAUCCCGUACCCUCUAUCUCCUUGACUUCGGACUGGCGCGUCAGUACACCAACGCGGAAGGUGAGGUGCGACCAGCUCGUCCAGUAGCCGGAUUUCGCGGUACUGUACGCUAUGCCUCGCGCAAUGCCCACGCCAAUAGGGAGUUGGGACGGCACGAUGAUCUCUGGUCGAUGUUUUACAUGCUGGUGGAAUUCGCUUCUGGCCAACUUCCGUGGAGGCGGCUUAAGGAUAAAGAACAGGUUGGCAUUCAUUGUGUCCAUUAG